CUGAACUGAAGUAAAUGAUUGAACUGACGUGUCUGGUCUGUGUGAAAAUAAUUAUGUGAUAUAAAUAAUGUCAAAUCUAACACUAACUCUGUGUAUGUUGGUGUUAAAUGUUGUAAUUUGUUUUUAAAAGGCUGAACUUUUUGUGGGAAAUGGGAGCAGAGAGUAGCAUUCUUCAGGGAUGCAAACUCGAGGAACCGCUGGAGACUCCGUCAUGUUCGGAUUGGCGACUCCACCCAGCGAAACGUAAAGACGGGUCACGGGUUUCAGUUUUUGUACACAAGAAGUCUGAGCAAGAAGACAAACGCUUGGAAAAUGCGGCCAAGCAACUGAAAAUUCUUCGCCAUCCAACCAUCUUGAAGUUCUUCGCAUCCUGUGACAAUGUUGAAGGCACGUACCUGAUCACGGAGCAAGUGCGCCCUCUUGAGUUGGUGUUGGACACGCUUACUCCCGAGGAGAUCUGUGCUGGUUUAUACAAUGUAGCAGAAGCGCUCAGCUUUCUACAUGAUAGGGGAGGAGCAUCUCACAACAAUGUCUGUCUCUCCUCAAUCUACGUCAGUUGCCAGGAUGGAGGAUGGAGACUGGGAGGAAUGGAACACCUCUGCAAAUUUGAAGAUGCCACAGCGCAGUUUCUGAAAAGAAGCCAGCCUUCACGCAAUGAAGACUCUAUCCCUCCAGAGGAGCAAGAGGAUAGUAAGUCAUCGACGGCGCCCCAGUACGGUCAUGCCAGGGAUGCCUACGCUUUUGGGAUCUUAGCUCAGAAUAUGCUGGAGUAUUUGACUGAUCUAGGUUCAAUGAGUGCCACCUUUGAGCAGCGGAUUAAUGAAGAAUUCCUGGACGAUGACCCGACUGUGAGACCCAAACUCAACACCUUGCUCAAGGAUCAACUUUUCAAAAAUGACUUUCUCGAAAUCACCAACUUCCUAGUCCAUCUGACCGUCAAACCGGAAGCAGCCAAGAAUGCUUUCUUUGAAGGUCUGGCACCCAGACUUCACCGGCUACCAAGGCAGCUAGUGGCAAAUCGUCUGAGUACAUUGCUCCUGUCUAGCUUUGUAAUGGCAGAGCCGAUGGCGGUGUCGGCAGUGUUACCGCACUUUAUGACUCCUGUGAGAGAAUCAAACAGCAAGCGGAGGGAGUUCCUCACAGACCAAAUCAAUCCGUUCUUCUCGGAGGAUCUGUACAAACAGUCCGUCAUACCGGUCAUCAUUCGGCUGUUCCCGUCUCGGGAGAUGCACGUACGGAUUUGCCUCCUCCAAUACUUCUCCUUCUACGCCCACCUCUUCGAUGUAAACAUCCUCAGGAAAGGCGUCUUACCUCAGCUUCUGAUCGGACUGAAGGAUUGUCAGGAUGAACUAGUAGCAGCCAGUCUUAAGGCUCUUGCCGAGAUUGUGCCGAUCCUUGGCGCUCAGCUCGUUGUGGGUGGUGAAAGAAUCAAAUACUUUGUGGAAGGGCGACCCAAGUUCUUUAGUAAAAAAGAGACCCCCCUCAAAAACAUGGACAACGUGACAAACUUGACGGCCGUCAGUGGCGUCAUAACCCUCCCUUCAUUGGAUAAGACCCCGCCCACUAAGCCUCCGUUGCCAUCAGAUAGUGAUAGGACACCAUCUGAUACUGUGGAUGAGAUAGGGGUGGCUGGGCAAGAUGAGGAGGAAGCGGCAGCUGUUGCUAGGCGUCGCCAGCAGGAGAGAGAGCGGAGGAGGGAGGAGCUGAAAGUGAAGAAUGAGCAGAGACGACGUGAGAGGGAAGCAAAGAGGAACCAGGGUAGUGGGAAAGUGACAUUGUUAUCCAUGACUGAUUUGAGGAAACACCCUGUGGAGUCAGCUGGAGAUGUUCCGGUGGACGAAACAUCACCACAAUUUGAGAAAAUCAGUUUUUCUGAUGAUGUUGAAGAGAAGUUGGAAGAGCUAGAGCUAGAGGAAGCAUCUAAGAGUGAAGAUGAUUGGUCAGACUGGGAUGAUGUCAGCCAACCAGAAAGCUCAUUCAGCCCAGACCCGGAUGCUAACCAAUCAGGAGUGGUGUUACAUGCAAGAGGAGAUCAGCAAGAACCGGUUGGAACCAGUGCAGAUGCUCAGGUGGACUCUGAUUGGUCCAGGGUCAGUGAUGACUGGGGCCAGACUAAUAUGGCGGAUGAGAAAGGACAUGCCUCCUCCAAGAAAACAGCAAAGCCUUUACAGCUCAAAAAACAAACCGGUGCUAAAGAAUCUGCUGAACCAAAGACGGAAACCCCCAAACCAGCAACAAAACCAGGCAAUGUCAAAACAUUUCCGAAAAAACAACUCCGUACCACCCCGAAAAGCACAGAACUUGGCAGUGAGUUUCUCAUUCCAGACAUUGUUGCAACACCUAAAGUGAAGAGUCCGGAACUUGACUUCUUUGCUGAUAUGGAGCCCUCAUUUUCUUUCACACCUUCUUCGAAAACAACGGACAGUAAGAAAGGAAAAACUGCCAGCCAGUCACCAAUCGAGGAUGAAACAAAAUUGUCUUUCACGAUGAAUAAUCCCUCAACGGAUAUGGAAUCUGGUGAUGGUUGGGGAAUGGAGGACGACUUCAACUGGGACGACACGGAGAGUUGAUCGCUGGUUUACUUAUUAUCCUAGACCAUUUAUCUCAUAAUUGAAUUAAUAUAUAUUAUCAAAUCUAUUUUAUCAAAUUUAUGGCGACUACUCCAUGUUCUGACAGCUGUAUGUUCAGACACUCCUCUGUUCGGUUAACGUCUUGUGAUGUACAUGCUAUGGUUUGGAACAAAGGGGUGUUAGAACAAAGGAAUGUUGGAACACAAGAGUGUUGGAACUUAGAGGUGUCGGAACAUUGGAGUGUUGGAACUUGGGGGUUAUGGUGCAUAGGGGUGUUGUAACAUUGGAACUUGGGGGUUCGGAAUAUAGAAAAACUGGAACACGAGUUUUGGAACUUAAGUGUUUCGGAACAUAGGAGUGUUGGAACUUUGGGGUUUCAGAACAUAGGGAUGUCAGGACAUUGGAGUGUUGGAACUUGGGGGUUUCAAAAUAUUGAGGUGUUGGAACAUAGGGGUAUACGAAACUGUUUCACCACUCGAUAGGUUUGGCUUGUAAACUCAUAUCACUUUCACAACAAUUCAUUGCAUCAGUCACUGUCAGUGCAGAAACCGUGUACAAGUUUUCCCGUUUAGCCAAACAAUUGUGCAAAAAAUGUUAUGUGCUAAUUAAGUGUUGCAGUUAAAUUUCAGAGCCAAUCAGUGUCGUCUGUCGGCACCAUCCUUCUAGGGAUUCGUUGACAAGAUCGAUAUUUAGCUCUAGGGAAGAGGUUGCAUCGUACUUGUACAUGUAGGUUGUCCCUUUUUUUCCAUACUGCUCUUUAAAUCAUUAUUAAACCCGAUGUUCUUUCUGCUGAAAUAUCGAGUCCAAGUGUAGUACAUGUAUCAUGUUUCUGUAAUUAAAGUUGUUAUUAAAGAUGCCAUGUUAGAUUUUUGGCCCCAAACAAUAAAAACUAGAUAUUUCAAAGAGUAUCACCCGCUUUUAGGAACCAUGUCAGGAACCAUAAUUUUUUUUUUUUUUUAACAUUUCUUAUAAAACACAUAAGAAUUACUCACAUGAUACAUUAUAUUGUCAAGCACUAAUUUUGAGCACUUUAUUUCACUGCUACUAAUA